CGGACGCACUGCAACAGUAACACCUAGCGACAAGAUGCGCGCACACAUCUGUACCUUCGCCUUGCUCAUCUGCUGCGGACGAACUCGCGCCCUUCAGGAUACAAGCGAUGAACGUAGCUUUGUUACAUCCGUAGAAGGAACUUUAGAAUCGAAGUACGAAGAGUUUGUGUUCGCUGCGGCGCAGUGGCUGGAGAGCAUCAACGACCAGCACCUGGGCGACGGUGCGCUGGGCCGCAUGCUGCAUUAUAAUGAUAUCAAACCCAAACUGGAGCGCCCCCAACACGGACAAGGUGCGGGGGAGGGCCGCGGGCUGAAGAAGGCAGCGGGCGUGAUGCCGCUGGUGUUCCACGUGGGCGCGGCCUCUACGUGGAUGCUGGUGACGUCACUGCUGGCCGCCAAAUCCCUCGCUCUCGGCCUGCUGCUGCUCGUCUUUAAGAUCGCGGUCAGCUCCGCUAAGGUGGCGUCGUUCUUCACAGCGCUGAAGGGCAAGCAAUCUGACCACCACCACGAUUGGUCCUGGUCUCCCCAUCAUCACCACGGAUACGAGAGGAGUCUGUCUGCCGCCGCCGCCUCAGCCGACGUACCUGUGAGCCACAGCUGGACCUCGCACGCACUGGACUGGGCCCCCAACACUGAGUACAGGACCUUGCCGUAUGAGGAGCACGAGAACCACGAGGAGCCACCUAAUGCCGAGACAUCGAUUCACACUUGA